GGAGCAGCCUGCGACCGAGUGACGUGACGGAUGGUGGAGUGUUGUCGCGAGUGAGUGAGUGACAUGUCGUCGCCGCGGCGCGCCGUCUACAGCAUCGACCACAUCCUGGGCCGGCGACCGCGCGACCACGUGGAACUGAAGACCGAGAGCCGAGCGCACACGCCGUCCGACUCGGAGCUGGAGCUCGAGCACGAGCACGAGCACGAGCACGAGCACGAGCACGAACACGAGCACGAACACGAACACGAGCACGAGCGCGAGCAUGACUCGGCGCGGGAGCCGCUUGAGCUGGACGCCUUGGAUACCGGUCGGCCGAGAAAGGUGCGCCGCAGCCGGACCACGUUCACCACGUACCAGCUGCACGAGCUGGAGCGCGCCUUCGACGCCACGCAGUACCCGGACGUGUUCACACGCGAGGAGCUGGCGCUGCGGCUCGAGCUCAGCGAGGCGAGAGUGCAGGUGUGGUUCCAGAACCGGCGCGCCAAGUGGCGCAAGCGGGAGAAGGCGCUGGGCCGCGAGCACGCGCCCUUCCUGCACCACGAGCACGUGGUGAGCGAGUGGAGCGGCGCGGGCGCGGGAGGGGGCGGCGAGUGGUGGGCGCUCGGGCUCGGCGCGCUCGGCGUGGCGCCGCCGCUGUGGCCCGCAGAGCCCACCGCCUUCCGGGCCUUGCUGCACAGGUACGUGUUGUCGCUGCCGCCGGCGCUGGGCCCGCUGGCGCCGCCGCCGCGCUCGCCGUCGCCCGGUGAAUGUAUCAUAACAAGCAAUGAAACGGAACACCCGCGCGGGAUAAGCCAAUCACCGUGCAGCGCAUCAAUUACCGCGCCUCCUCCCUCGGCUUUGCUCCUCGCUGCCUUUGCCCGGCCGGCCGCCGCGCCCGUGCUGCCGCUGCCGCGCCGAUCCCGCUAA